AUGCAGAUUUUAAGGGUUUUUAUUACUGUGACUCUGUCAGUCCAAGUAGUCCAGUUUGGAGAUGCCUGUGAAGGAGAAAAUUGUGAUAAUGAUCCAAGCCAGGAGAAGCUGAAUACUCCUUUAUACACCUUUAAUGUUUUAAAUCAUCUUAAUUCUGGGAAAAAGAGAAGCAACCCUGCGUUUACCGGCCUCACAGAUGCUAACAAAGUGAACAGAAACUGCUGCCAAAAUGGAGGAACUUGCUUCCUGGGAACUUUUUGUAUAUGCCCCAAACACUUCACUGGGAGACACUGUGAAUAUGAUACAAGGAUCAGAAGCUGUGGUACCAUCAGGCAUGGCGAGUGGAUUCAAGAAGGAUGUCAGUUGUGUCAGUGCAUCUAUGGGACUCUGAAAUGCUCUCCUCAAGCACUCAAACAUGAAUGUGAUGCUGCUAGCUGACCUAUAUAUUCUGUGAACUCCAUUAAAUAUUUUGUUUACCUCAGAUCCCACAAAGGAAAACUGCUUCAUUGGAUUCACCUCAAAAUGAGUUUCAAAGCGCAACAGCAUCAGAGGACUGCAUUCACCCCCUCACAUCUUCAUUAUUAAUUGCCACUGCUUCAUCAUUUCCCUCCAUGAAUGAUAUAAGGAACAAGAAAGUGUG